GGGCGCGCCAGCGCGUGUUUUCGGAGUAGCAGCCCCAGGCACGGUGGAGAGAGGCCAGGUCAGGGCAGAACACCAUCUCUAGAAAGCAAGUACCUGCGUUGCUUUCCCAGCAUCCGACUGUUCCCCCGGGAGUCACUGCCCGGAGAAGGGGAUGGCGGGCAGGCAGGGAGCAACCCUGGACCAGCGACUGUUCUGACGCACCAGCCGGUUUCCAAGCAUCCACCCUGCACGGAACCCAUCCCAAGGAUGCUCUGCUGCGGGCGACAAGACAGCGGUCUCCACCGAGGUGAGGAAACGCAGACAAGUGAUAGCUUAGGCGGGCCCUGGCUUCUAGACUCUGCCCCUUGAGUCCGCCUUCCAAAUUUCUAAGGAUACAGAGACUGUGCAGCUUGCAGUCUAGCACCCUCCUCUCUGCCAGCCAGCGUCUCCUCCAGACUCUUCCUGAUUGGGUACUGGGGCCAGGUUCACGGGCUCUUGACAGAAUCCUCUCCACUGGUCAGUUGUCGCAAACAUUUCUAGAUUGAUUCCAGUGGGCUCGGUGGCUACACAAUCUGAACGCAGGUGUCUUGGGGCCGGCAAUGGAUCUGCCUGUAAACUUGACCUCCUUUUCCCUCUCCACUCCCUCCUCUUUGGAACUCAACCGCAGCCUGGGCGCAGAAGACCUGCGUCCUAGUCGGCCGUUUUUCUCAGUUUUCCGAGUGCUAGUCCUGACAUUGCUGGGCUUUCUAGCCGCGGCCACGUUCGCUUGGAACCUGCUGGUGCUGGCCACCAUCCUCAGGGUACGCACCUUCCAUCGCGUGCCACACAACCUGGUGGCGUCUAUGGCCAUCUCGGAUGUGCUGGUGGCCGCGCUGGUCAUGCCACUGAGCCUGGUGCACGAACUGUCCGGGCGCCGCUGGCAGUUGGGCCGGGGUCUGUGCCAGCUGUGGAUCGUGUGUGACGUGCUCUGCUGCACAGCCAGCAUCUGGAAUGUGACAGCCAUAGCCCUGGACCGCUACUGGUCUAUCACACGCCACCUGGAGUACACGCUCCGCGCCCGCAAGCGAGUCUCCAACGUGAUGAUCGGACUCACCUGGGCACUCUCUGCCGUCAUCUCUCUGGCCCCACCGCUCUUCGGCUGGGGGGAGACGUACUCCGAGCUCAGCGAGGAAUGUCAGGUCAGUCGGGAACCUUCCUACACGGUGUUCUCUACCGUGGGCGCCUUCUACCUGCCGCUGUGCGUGGUGCUCUUCGUGUACUGGAAGAUUUACAAGGCCGCGAAGUUCCGCGUGGGCUCCAGGAAGACCAACAGCGUUUCCCCGGUUCCUGAAGCUGUGGAGGUGAAAGAUGCUACACAACAGCCCCAGAUGGUGUUCACCGUCCGUCAUGCCACUGUUACCUUCCAGACAGAAGGGGACACAUGGCGGGAGCAGAAGGAGCAGAGGGCGGCCCUCAUGGUGGGCAUCCUCAUCGGGGUGUUUGUGCUCUGCUGGUUCCCUUUCUUUGCCACGGAGCUCAUCGGUCCCCUGUGCUCCUGGGACAUCCCCGCCAUCUGGAAGAGCAUCUUCCUGUGGUUGGGCUACUCCAACUCCUUCUUCAACCCACUCAUCUACACAGCCUUCAACAGGAGCUACAGCAGUGCUUUCAAGGUCUUCUUCUCUAAGCAACAGUGAGCGGCCAGUUGCAAGUGGACUCGCUGUCCCACGAACCUUCGUAGUCCACCCAGCAGUCCUGAAGAUCCAUCUGCCAAGGGCACCAGGGUCACAUCAGAGCUGAACUCAGCUCACGUCUGUGCUCUCGCGUUGGGAGUUGUCUUCCCCUGAAGGCUCUAGUGGCUUCUGUCUCCAAUCUGGGUACUCUCCCUCACUCUGUACCAGCUGCCACGGACCUGGCUCACAAAGUGCCCAUUCCUCCUCUAAAUCCACUCCAGCAUGGCCAUGAGAAAACAGGAGGGAGGAAAGAGGGAGCGAAAUAACUCAGGCAGGUAGAGAGAGGCAGAAAGAACGGCAAGGCCUAAAGCUGUCGGCGAUUGCACACCUGUACAUCCAGCACUCAGGAGACUAAGGCAAGAGGAUCUCAAACUCAAAGCCAGCUUGGGCUACAUCAUAG